AUGGACAAGGUUGAGAGGCAUUUUGUGUUGGUUCAUGGAGCUUGUCAUGGAGCAUGGUGUAGGUACAAAUUGGCAACGCUGCUAAGAUCAGCAGGUCACGGGGUCUCUGCUCUGGACAUGGCUGCUUCUGGAGUUCACCCUAAGCGGCUGGAUGAGGUCUGCUCGUUGUUGGACUACUGUGAGCCGUUGAUGGAAUUCAUGAAUCAUCUGCCGGUGGAUGAUAGAGUGGUUCUGUCUGGCGAGCAGCAAUUUGGUUAUGCGAAACCCAAUUCAGCGAUUCAGUCGUUCUCAAAGCUAGAACGAACUAAGUUCGACCAAACCCAGUUCAGUCCGGCGAGCAGAGAUUCCUCAGCCCACCACGGUGAAACCCAAUUCAAAACGGCCAUAGACACGCCAGAGCUCUGUAGAAGAAUUCGGCCUAGCUCUGGAACUUUGUCACCAUCCGAACCAUCACCAUCACAACCCCAAGAAUCUGAUUCCAUUCUUGUGUAG